AUGGAAAAACCAGGGGAAAAUUGCACCAACAAUGAGAUCCUGCUCUCGCUGGAGCACGUCCGGCCUGGCGGCGGGUACAAGCCCAAUUUCAUCAUGUUCGAGAAGUGCGAGGUGAAUGGGAAGAAUGCGCACCCCCUCUUCACCUUCCUGAAAGAGGCGCUGCCCUUCCCGCACGACGACCCCUCAGCGCUGAUGACCAACCCGCAGUACAUCAUCUGGUCCCCGGUCUGCCGCAACGACAUCUCCUGGAACUUCGAGAAGUUCCUCAUCGGCCCCGACGGCGUGCCCUUCAAGCGCUACAGCCGGCAUUUCGAAACCAUCAAGAUCGAAGAUGAUAUUGAAUUGCUUCUGCAGAAGGUUCCCAAGAAUGUUCUCGAAUAAAGCAGAGCGCCGCUGCCUUCGCUGGCCAGCCCCCUCGCUUCCUGCUCGGCUCAUUGCGCUCCCGCCCGUUUUUCUUGCGGAGGGCUGCUGCUCUGGCAGAAAUCCCAAUGUCUCAUGCAGAUUUUGCUUAUGAUGGUGCAUCUUCCAAAUUCUUGAAGUGCACAUGAUGUUUUCAAAAGCUGCAUGUGAAUGUUUGGGAAACUAUGCCGGGGAAAGCAGUCGUGAGUAACUUACUGUGAUUCUCUGAAUAAAAAAAAAAUAAAUGCUUACUUUAUUUGA